UAAAGGAGCCAGAGGCGGCCAGGAGUCGGGCUUUGUAGGCUUGGGGAAGGGACGCGUGUGAGCUCCCCACCCCCUCCAGCCUUUCUUCCUGGGUGGUGUCGCUCUGUGUCUAACUGAGAGGCGGGAAGAUGGCGCUGGAGGCUCGGGGGAUGGAGCAGGACGUAGAGGAUGGAGAGAUUUCGGGCUCGGACUGCGAAAUGCCGGUCACGGCCGCUGCCAGUAGCCCACAGCAGAAACAACUUGAUAGCAACAGUUCAGCCAGAUCUUUCCCAAGCAGCAUUUCAUCCUGUGCCCCAAGUGUCCCUUAUCGGACAGUGAAAAAUGUAGACUCAAGUGAUGAAAGCUUCUCAGAUUCAGAUGAAGACAGCUGUCUGUGGAAACGAAAGCGCCAGAAGUGUUCUAACAUUCCUCCCCCUAAACCAGAUCCUUUUCAGUUUGCCCUUAACCCCCAGAAGCCACUGAACGUGGGGGGUAAAAAGAUCAACAAUGUAUGGGGAGCGGUGCUUCAAGAACAGAAUCAAGAUGCAGUGGCCUCAGAACUUGGGAUACUAGGGAUGGAGGGUAGUAUUGACAGAAGCAGGUUUUCAGAGACCUACAAUUACUUGUUGGCAAAAAAACUGAUGAAACAAUCUGAUACAGAAGUAACUGAGAGACUGGACAAAGAGUUGGACGAAUAUAUGCAGGAUAACAAAAAUAUUUUACCGGAGGAGGAAGAAAAUGGACAAGGUCUCUUAAAACGGAAACGGCCUGUUAAAGACAGACUGGGUGAAACAAAAAUGAAUUAUAAAGGGAGUUGUGAAAUCACUGAAGAUGACUCUGAGGAAAAAGUGGCAGAUGAAAUUGCCUUCCGGCUAUGUGAACCAAAGAAGGAUCUGAUAGCACGGGUAGUAAAAAUCAUUGGAAAAAAGAAAGCUAUCGAAUUAAUGAUGGAGACUGCUGAAGUGGAACAAAAUGGAGGUCUUUUGAUAGUGAAUGGUACUAGGAGGAGGACACCAGGAGGAGUUUACUUAAAUCUGCUGAAGAAUACACCUAGUGUGACUGGAGAACAAAUCAAGGAAAUCUUCUAUAUGGAAAACCAAAAGGAGUAUGAGAACAAAAAAGCUGCAAAAAAGAGGAGAAUUCAAGUCUUGGGAAAGACGAUGAAGAAAGCCAUUAAAGGGCUCAACCUUCAAGAGUAUGAUGAUGCCUCUCGAGAGACUUUUGCUAGUGACACAAAUGAGGCACUGGCUUCUCUGGAUGAUUUGCAGGAAGGACACAGUGAAAUGAAGCUGGAUCCAGAAGAUGUUAUUGAAAUAGAUAACACUCAUGACUUAGACAUCUUUUAA